AUGGACGACGGCAAGAAGAGAGGAUUCCUCCUGGCCUCCUGCGGCACCGCCGUCGUGUCCCUGGCCGAACAAUUGCUGUCCCCGACGGACCUAGAUGCCUGCACCUUCGAUCAAAUUGUGAAUGCGGUGCAGAAUUACUAUGCACCCAAGCCAACGGAGCUGACCUGCAGGACAAUCCUUCUCCAUAUACUGCUGUGCCUACUCACUUUCUACACCAUCUAUUACAUGAUCGGGAGUGUUUGCUGCGGGGUGUUCAGGCUUAACUCUUUUGAUGCACAUCUCCCUUUUGAAUUUAAAACGGAGCCAUCCUACUCGAACCCCAACUAUCUGGUGAAUGUCAUUUCCAUGGAAAUCACCUUUUUCAGUAGUGGCCUGUUCUUUGCUGUGAUGCUGAAACGGUGGGUCUGGGACUAUGCCCUCACAGUCACCUCCAUCCACUUGCUGUUGACCUGGGCAGGUGAGUUGACAGAUGCUUUGAAGCUGGCAGAAAGAACCUGUCUUUGCUUUGAGCCACGGCUUUAAAGGACCAGAGCUAG